AUGGCUGCCGGAUCUGCUAGCUCCCCAACCAUUUGUUUCAAGCACAACCCAGUUCUUGGCCCAAAACCUACCUCAACAAGCCCACCAGUUCUGUUAUUCUCUCCGUUAACUCGCAACUUUGGCGAAAUUAAUCUGCGGUGUCGAAGAAAGCCAAAGUUGACGGUUUGUUUUGUGCUGGAGAAUGAGAAAUUGAAUACCCAAAGUGAGAUUAUUGAAGCAAAAGAGAUAGAAGUAAAAAUUGAGGAGCAGAGUUCAGCUGCCAGGCUGGCGGAAAAAUUGGCUAGGAAAAGAUCGGAGAGGUUUACUUAUCUUGUGGCAGCUGUGAUGUCUAGUUUAGGGAUUACUUCUAUGGCUGUUUUGGCGAUUUAUUACAGAUUCUCUUGGCAAAUGGAGGGUGGAGAAGUGUCUUUUUCUGAAAUGUUCGGUACAUUUGCUCUCUCGUUUGGCGCUGCUGUAGGAAUGGAGUUUUGGGCGAUAUGGGCACAUAGAGCGUUAUGGCAUGAUUCAUUAUGGCACAUGCACGAGUCACACCAUAAACCAAGAGAAGGAGCAUUCGAGCUGAACGAUGUUUUUGCCAUAACAAACGCUGUUCCAGCCAUUGCUCUUCUUGCCUACGGCUUCUUCAAUAAAGGCCUCAUCCCUGGACUCUGUUUCGGCGCGGGACUGGGGAUCACAGUAUUCGGGAUGGCUUACAUGUUCGUUCACGAUGGAUUAGUUCACAAGAGAUUCCCAGUGGGGCCCAUUGCCAAUGUACCUUAUUUUCGUAGGAUAGCUGCAGCUCAUCAGCUUCAUCACUCGGAGAAAUUUAAUGGUGUCCCAUAUGGCUUGUUCCUAGGACCUAAGGAAUUGGAAGAAGUAGGAGGAAAUGAGGAGUUGGAAAAGGAAGUCAACCGAAGGAUUAAAAAUUCCAAGGGAUUAUGAUCAAUAAAUACUCCGAGUGGUGUAGCUCUAGUAAUGAAAGGGACCUGUAUUUAGCCUCUCAUUAAUGUAAAAAGAUAGAGAUAUAAUACAACAAGCUUGAUAUGAAA